UGUUGCUGGCACAAGCUGCUGAUAGCACACAGUCUCGUUCAGUCCAGCCCAUCACAAACACACAACUAAAUUUUAUCGUCAACAAAAAUUGCUGUUGCUGGCUUUCUCUUGGAAAUCAUCCGAGUCUACAUGUGUUUGGGGGGUGUCAUUUCAGAGCAGCUUCUCAGGUGGAUGAACUCUUCAAAGGUCGUGACAACUUCAACUCCGGUGGGAGGACUUGGUCGUGUCAACAACUUACAACAACCAAACUACUACUAACAACCAUGUCGUUACUUCCAUCACCACACCAACAACAGUGGGCGACUAUUCUCCUCUUGGUUUGGCUGGCCCAGCUUUGCCAGGCAAGCACUCUAUCCGGCAGCAACAUUUGCACCCGUCAAGAAAAAUAUUUCGUGACGGUGAAAAUAUCCUAUCUGCAGCCGUACAAAGUCCGGACGUUCACCACCUGCUUGGCUUUCCCGCCGUGGUGUUCACGCUACACGGUCCACAAUAAAGUGGCCUUCAAAACUGAGUCGGUGGAGAAGACCCGGGUCCUCGAGGAUUGUUGUUCAGGUUACGCCCGAACGACUGACAAUAGCAGCUGCGUUCCCAUUUGUGGCCAACAGUGCCUGCACGGAACUUGCGUGGGACCGGACAACUGCAAAUGCGAGCCCGGCUAUGGCGGACCCACAUGCAACAUUGCUUGCCCUGAACACAAAUGGGGCCCCAAUUGCAGCAAUAGCUGUCCGUGUCUCAAUGGAGCGAAAUGCGACCCGGUGAACGGCAGUUGCACCUGCACGGCAGGUUGGAAAGGACUCCACUGCGACUAUCCGUGCCCCAAGAACUAUUACGGCCAGUCUUGCUCUCUCAAGUGUCAGUGCAAGAAUCAAGCCUAUUGCGAUCCGGUUUCGGGAGCAUGCGCCUGUCAACCCGGAUGGAAUGGACCACUAUGCGAUGAACCUUGCCCGGAUGGAACCCACGGCCAAAACUGCGCGUCCAGUUGCCGCUGUCAGAAUGGGGGCACGUGCAGCCCCAUCGAUGGCAAAUGUUUCUGUACCAGCGGAUGGACGGGUGAAGUGUGCGCCAAUCCAUGCCCGGAUGGCACUUGGGGUGCCCAGUGCUCUCAACGCUGUUCCUGUCACAACAAUGCACGUUGUGAUCACAUUAACGGCUCUUGCCACUGCUUGCCCGGCUACCGUGGCGAUCAAUGUCAGGAACAAUGCCCUCCAGGAAUGUAUGGAAAGAACUGCGAAACGCCAUGCAAGUGUCAAAAUGGAGCCAUUUGCAACAUCACGAACGGUUCUUGCGCUUGCACAGAAGGCUGGACCGGUCCCGAUUGCGGUCAAAGAGCCUGUUCCGACAAGCUUUACGGCCCUGGAUGCACUCAGAUCUGUCCGUGCUCUUCCAAUAAUACUGAAUUGUGCCAUCCGUGGACUGGUGAAUGUAUUUGUAAGGCCGGCUGGGACGGCCAAACGUGCUCGAGGCCCUGUCCAACCUACACAUUCGGUUUGGGCUGUCGAAACGUCUGCACUUGCAAGAACGAUGCCCAUUGCGACCCCGUCAACGGCACCUGCGUCUGCUUGUCAGGCUACAUAGGAAACGAUUGUCAGGAUCAGUGUCCCGAGGGUCGUUACGGGCACAAUUGCACCAAUGUCUGCGCCUGUGAGCAUGGAGGCAAUUGCUCCAACACGGAUGGACAAUGCAAAUGCCCCAUUGGAUGGUCAGGUCUGCUCUGUGAGUCGCCCUGCCGGGCAGGAUUCUACGGCGAGCACUGCAAGGAGCAGUGCCAUUGCAAAAACGGAGCUUCGUGUCAUCACGUUACAGGCGAAUGUUCGUGCAGCGCCGGAUUCAAGGAUGACGCAUGCAAUGCCACCUGUCCGGAAGGCCGUUUCGGUUUGAACUGCGAAGAGACGUGCGAGUGCCAGAAGGGGACGACCAAAGCAUGCGAUCCCGUCACGGGAGAGUGUCUGUGUCGCACCGGUUACCGAGGCGUUCGCUGUGAGACCCAAUGCCCCAAAGGUCGAUACGGUCCAGAGUGUCGUGACGUUUGCCACUGCGAGAAUGACGGCUCGUGCGACAACCUGGGCGAUUGUUUCUGUCAACGUGGCUGGACCGGUGAAUUGUGCGAGGAUCGAUGUCCCACUGGUUUUUAUGGGAAAAAAUGCCGGCAGCCAUGUCCUUCGUGCGUCAAUGGUAACGGACAAUGUAAUUCGGUUGACGGCCGUUGUUCUUGCCAGCCGGGUUACAUGGGAAUACGAUGCGAGGAGCCUUGCCCUAAAGGCACAUAUGGAGAAGGAUGUCAACAGAAAUGCAAUCGAUGCAAAAAUGGCGCAGAGUGUCAUCACGUCACUGGUCAAUGCCGUUGUCUUCCCGGAUGGAAGGGAGACGAUUGUUCCGUCCCCUGUCCGCCAAAUACUUGGGGCAUUGCCUGUGCUCAACGGUGCACUUGUCUUCACAACGGCACUUGCCGUCCCAACGAUGGCCAAUGUCGCUGUCACGAUGGCUGGAUGGGCCCUCAAUGCAACGAAAUUUGCCCUGAAGGAUAUUACGGACAGCACUGCAUGAGUCACUGCCAGUGUUUGAACGAUAAUUUCAUCUGCCAUCCGGCCAGCGGCUGCGUUUGCCGCGAAGGAUUCCGCGGCGAUCAAUGCGACAUUGCCAUUUACUCUCCAGUGAGCGACAAGAGUCAAUUGGGCGAGCCAAUCGUGCCCGUCAAUCACGGCGGUCUUAUUGGCGGUCUCAUCGUGUCCAUUUUGCUGAUAGUCAUCGUUAUCGGCGCCCUAGUCUACUACCGACGCCGCAUCUCCCACUUGAAAUCGGAGCUGGCUCACGUCCAGUACAUUGCCGAUCCUAGUUCAGCUCCUGAUCGGCAUCAUUUUGACAAUCCAGUUUACUGCUAUCCGACGGGGGCUGCCAACGGAGGAGUUGGUGGGGCUACGGCAGCCGUGGGCGGUUUGAAUAACGCGCGCAUUCGCAACGAUCUCGGCGCCACUAAAAACAACCUCACCAAUUUGGAGCGAGCCAAAUUGGGACCCAAUUCACUCGAUGACGACUGUUCGGAAGGUGCUUACGGCGGCUCUGUGUCUAGCACGGCCGAGUUGUACAAGAACCGCGAGGCUGACAUGGGCAACCCCAAUUUCAACAACUUCAACAUUUACCACACGAUCGAUGAGGAGAAGGUCUCGAAAAGCGUGGAGCACCUCUACGACGAGAUCAAACACAAAAACAAAGAUUACGUCGACGAGGCGUAUGACCGACUGGACGAUUCACGACCACUUACAGAGGUCCGGCCGCAAUAUCUGCGGAUCGCUUCCGGAUCGCUGGGUUCUCUGGGAGGCUUGGGAACCUCUCACUCCAUCUUUUCCGGCAGCUCCAGCGUCGCCGCCUCUACCGUCUCCACCUCCGCCGCCAGCGAUCCGGCGACAACACCGCUCUCGAUAUCAGUAGGAGGUGGUCGGAUCGGCUUCCGGUCGGAUGCACGGGGACGAUCCUCUCCGUCACCGUCGUCGUCGUCCAACUCUUCGUCUCUCAGUCUCGAUAGUGCCAAAGUCUGAAUUCAGAAUUUAAACCAGAAAAAUUAACUAAUUGACGACUAAACAAACAAAACAAAUUUUACCAUAAAAAUAAUUAACAAAUAAGAUUCCAAAACACAAAAAUUCAAUGUUUCACUCAAUCAGUUGCGGGGCGGGAAAGAAAAUUUUACAAAAAUAUUCGACUGCAUUUCCCGCUCUAGAAAUAAGUAAAAGAAAAAUCGUAUCCUCCUAUGUAUUUCUCUCAUCACAAAACUUUUCUUUUGAAUAGUUUUUUAUUCAUUCAUUUUUUUAAAUCUUUCGUUUGCAAGUGUGUGCGUGUCGACCCCCAAUAAUCUCUACCGAUUCUUUCAUUCGAUUUUAUUUUAGAUAUUUCAUUUUUCUUUUUUAAAAUCUCAUCGAAAAAUGUUAUAUAAGAAACCUGGUUCUUCCUAGCCGAUUUUUAUUUACUUACCAAAACAUAAUUUUUAACUAUUCGAAAAUGAGUUUUUCUUUUACUUUUAAACAAAUAACUUUGCAAUAUUAUCAUACCGUGUCGUGUGGAUGCCCACCCAUUUCUUUUCGAGAUCGAUUGUGUGAUAGAAUGCGUUUUCUCAUCAAGUAUUACCAUUUAAAGUUCAGAAGAAAUGUUACGAUCCUAUAAAAAGAAAUGGCGAGCGUUUUAUUACCGUUUUGGAAGGCAGUUUGAUAGGAGAACAGAGAGAGAGGAAAAUAUAUGCCAUCAAUCGUCGAAUUUGAUAUGAAUGUAUACGUUUAUGUGUGUGUAAUACUGUUGUUGUGUGCAUGUGUACAUGUUUCGCCUCAUUUGAUAACCUCCAACACAUUUGUUUCCGGAUACUCCCAGCUCCCAUUUUAACACGUGAAAAAGAAUUGGUAGGUGGAGAACCGUUUGUUUUCUCUUUUAUCCCCUGUACAUUUUUGUGGAAAAGUGAUGCUCAUCAAUACACACACACACACACAUA